GAGAUGUUUCUACACCUUGUCCUGACCUCUCUGAGGAGUUAUGAACUGAGAGACUGCGUUUCUUCACAGGAUUAAUCUGAAUGAAUUUGGAGUUAAAUAUGAUACCGAAAUUGAUUUAAUUAAAAUAUGUACAACAAUAUAGAUUCUAUAUAUACUCAGUAGAAAGUUGAGGAAAAUGUGACCUUCCCUAAGGGUAGUGGUGAUUGGCCACGCCUCUGUACGCGAGGAGGCAGGCUGUUAACUUGAACGUCGGGUGGUGGAGAGUGAUUGAAGCUACAAGGAGGAGAAACUACAGCAGGAGAAAACAGUCUGUUGGUUUUACUUGCACAAUUUAGACGGGCCAUUUCCUUUAAAAUGGCGUAUCACAGUCCUUACAGAGCUUCACCGCACAUCAACGUUCCUCCCGACCAGGGUUUUCUGUGGAAUAUCUUCCAGAGGGUCGACAAAGACCGGAGUGGAAUGAUAUCAGACUCAGAGCUUCAGCAGGCCUUAUCGAAUGGUACAUGGACUCCUUUCAACCCAGUGACGGUCCGCUCCAUCAUAUCCAUGUUCGACAGGGAAAAUAAAGGUGGUGUGAACUUCAAUGAGUUCGCUGGUGUUUGGAAGUACAUCACAGACUGGCAGAACAUCUUCAGGACCUACGACAGGGACAACUCCGGCUUCAUUGAUAAGAAUGAGCUUAAACAGGCACUGACUGGCUUUGGUGAGCAGCAAAGCUAUCGUCUGUCAGACCAGUUCUACAGCACACUGAUAGAGAAGUUUGACCGCCAGAGGAAGGGACAAGUGGCCUUUGAUGACUUCAUCCAGUGCUGUAUUGUAUUACAGAGGUUGACUGAUGUGUUCAGGCGGUACGAUACAGACCAGGAUGGCUGGAUCCAGGUUUCAUAUGAACAGUAUCUUUCCAUGGUCUUUAAUAUAGUAUAACUUGCACGGAUGACCACAGAAGAAUGGAACUGGACACAACUGUGCCAAAGUUACCAUCACCUCCAGAAUGUCUGCCAUGGUGGACACUACAAGAUUUUUUUAAACAUGAUUUUUAGCCACAGUUGGGCUGUUUUACACAAAUUAAUAAAUCACCAUCAACCAUUCAUUUUUUGAGGUUGUAAUACCCUCCAGAGGAUAGCAUUUGUCUGGAAGUUCAACUACAAUGCUUGAUGUAUUAAAAGAAAAUCUUGUAGUGUUUUGAUCGUUGACCAAUCUGAACAAUGUCUUUGUUGGGGACUCUCGGCUGGGGAAUAUCAUGGACACAUAUGUCUUUCUGUCUGUCAGUCUGUUAUUGUCAACAAACUUUUUAAUGUUUUAACUUGAAUUUAUACAAUUAGAAGAGAACUCUAGUGAGAAUAAAAUGAUGCAUUGUAAAUAUUAUUUAAGAUGCAUUGCAUGCUUUUCAGGGAAAUUUAGCCCCACUCCCUUUAUCUUAUCUUUUCCUCAGCCCUAUUUUGCUCAAAGCCAUGUUUACAAAAACUGUGAAGCAGGUGAUGUUCUACUUUGAGAUUCCCUGACAUGCCAGCUUACAUGCCAUAUUUGUACAAACUUAUUUUUAACAGCAAAUCUUCAAAUGUUAGAACAGAGGUUUUGGUAAAGGGUAAGCAUAACCCCUUUAGUAUGGCUUAUUUUUUGUGCAUGAUGCCUUAAAACAUGUAAAAACCAAACAAAAGCAAAAUCUUUUAUUAAAAAUAGAAAAUUU